GCUGUUUCGCUGUUCGGCAGUGCGACGGGGAUGAAAGAGCAAGAAUGGCUUUGUCUGGGAGAAACAGGCUGCAACUUGCAAGUUUGAGCACAAACAAGGGCGGUGUUAUGGCUGUUUUCUCGACGCGAGGGGUGAGCGCAAGGUGAAGGUGAAGCCGAUGAGGGGAAGGCGCGACUGGGAAGCUGAAUCUUAAGAACAAGAAUGAAGACGGAGCUGAGCUGAAGCUGAGCCCACAAUUCCAUCCAAUUCAUUUAGGCCCAGAUGCUCUGGAUACCUGACCACCAGCCAGCCACGGCUCUCCAUUUGCUCCUGCUGCUCGUUUCCAGCCCGAUGAUCGCUGGCUGCUGCCAACUUGCUGCCCCUCCACGGUCUGUGCCUGGAUUGUUUCCCCAGCAACUCCCUUGCUCCGAUCCCUCUCCUCCGCCCAAGAUCGGUCCUGCCUCAAUCCUGCUGCGAGUCAUCCCGCUAGCCGCCCGCAGGAUUCUGUCACAAAAAACAAACAAGGCGAUCGCUGGUCAUUUGUGGGCGGGCGAUCCAUCUGAAAUCUUGAUCGGGAUGCUCAGCCACAGGUGGAGCAGAUGGUGGACGGCAGCACGACGAAGGAUUAUCUACGAGAACCACGAUGUGCCGGGCUGAAUGCGAGGAUCUAUCUCGAAUUGAUAGGGACAAUAACUUGCCCAUUUCAUUGCAUUGUUGGGCUUGCUUUCCUUUAUUUACUUGGACAUGACCUCGCCUUCCCCCUGUUCCCUCAUCCAAGAUACACGAGCGGACCCCAGCACCAGCACCAAACCUUGAACCAUGGAUCCGAGCCCAGAUCGCACUCACUCAACCCACCCCAGGCAAACUCUGAUGUCAUACUCCAGCCGCUUUGAGCUUAGAGAACCCCUUUCGCCCGCUGUCCAGUCUGUUGGUACACAAAACACAUCCCAUAAGAUGGCGUUGUAAAGGUGAUCUUCGAUCCCUUGGGGAAAUGGAACACAUCGCCCGGCAAUGCCGU